CUAAGGACGGGUCCGAAGUCGGCUUGCAACCAGACGGGAUCUAACAGGCGCGUUUCAACUUCCUCUUGCAAACAGUUCAGUUAAACGAAGUUAAUUUUAUUGUUGAAAUUGCGAUUUCCUAGUCUGGACCGGAGAAAGUUUGUGGGGCCACAUUCUCGGAUUGUCGUCUAUAAUUGGAUCCAGUUGUUGUUUGCUGCUAGAGCGUAUCAGGUCAGUUGGAUGCAGGCAGGAGCAUUUUUCGUUCGAAACGCGAUCCCAAGCCAAGUAAGUGCGCUUUCCUGCUAGAUCAACACGAAUUUUCAUCGAAUAGACCAACUACCCCUUGAAGAGGAAAUGCAAUAGUGGAGGUUCAAAUCAACGAAACCUCAAGGAAAUAGAAUAGACAACGAAAUGACGCAGGAGAGUAUAAAACUGGAAGCCAUUGGGGCCAACAAGCAGCCAACGGAGGCGUCCGAACUGUUGGAUAAACGGGACCCCAACAAGACGGAAAAUGGUGUUGUGGAUGACUACGAUCCUCAUCUCCAUCGCGAGGUCGAGAGCCCCACCACAAACGCAGAAACCCUGAUCCACUUGCUGAAAGGAUGCCUUGGAACUGGCAUUCUGGCCAUGCCGGAAGCUUUCAAGCUGUCCGGUAUGAUCAACGGCAUUAUUUCAACAUUUUUGAUCGGCGCCCUGUGCACUUACUGUCUGCAUGUGCUGGUGAAGGCCCAGUACGUGAUGUGCAAAAAGCUGAGAGUGGCUCUUCUGACUUAUCCAGAUUCCAUGAAAAUCGCCUGCGAUAUUGGUCCAACGUGUCUCCGAGGCUUCGCACCGUACGCACCAGCACUGACCAACUUCUUCCUCAUUUUCUACCAAAUGGGCAUCUGUUGCGUCUACGUAGUCUUCGUAGGUCAAAACUUGAAGUACGUGUUCGAUGAGUACACAAGCACAAAGUACAGUCUGAUCGUGUACAUGCUGAUCGUGUUCGUUCCGUUCGUGCUCAUCAUCUGCAUCAAGAACCUCAAGUUGCUCGCUCCCUUCUCCAUUCUGGCCAAUGUUAUUACGCUGAUCACGUUUGGGGUUGUGUGCUACUACAUUUUCCAAAAUCUGGAAGACUUCAGCGAUCGGCCGGCUGUGGGCAGCUUGAGCGAUUAUCCUCUGUACUUUGGAACGACGCUGUUUUCUCUGCAGGCUGUUGGCGUGGUGAUCGCUUUGGAAAAUAACAUGGCUACUCCGAAGAGCUUCAGGCAGCCAAUGGGGGUGCUGAACAUUGGGAUGAUCCUGGUCACUGUGAUCUACGUGGGAAUGGGGAUGAUGGGCUACUGGCAGUAUGGGGACGGCAUUAAGUCCAGCAUCACCAUGAACUUCCCCAUAGCGGAAAUUCUGGCUCAGGUGAUUAUUCUCUCCUACUCGUUGGCCAUCUACAUCUCUUACGGACUGCAAGGCUACGUUCCCGUCCAGAUCAUGUGGACCAACUACAUUGCCAAACAUCUGGAAGACGCCAAUGCCAAGAAGAAGUCCUUCUACGAGUACUUGCUGAGGAUCGUCUGCGUGAUUGUUACUUUUGUCUUGGCCAUGACUGUGCCUCUUCUCGGACUCUUCAUCUCUCUGGUUGGUUCCUUUUGCCUGUCGGCCCUGGGCAUCGCCUUUCCAGCAAUAAUCGAAAUGUGCGCCAACUGGCCGGAAAAGUCGCACCCAAAAACGUUGCUGUUCUGGAAAGACAUCUUGCUGAUCGGCAUUGGUGUUAUUGGUCUAUCAGCAGGCAGCUACAGCGCUAUUUAUGCGAUAGCAGGGAAACUGGCGUCCGGCGACUACUAAGUAGAUACGGUGCCGUUUUAUUAGUUGAGAUCACCUGGCUUUGGCUCAAGCUCGUGCUUGCGAGAGGAAAAAGUCGCAAGGUGGUGAUAAAAUGUACAAAUACUCCAAUCAUUAUUGUUGUUGGGUUGCUUUUCAAGGGGCAUUGCAGCUUCACCCGAGACAAGGUUUUAAUUUGGUCACUUAUUCGACGUUUCAAGCGAUUUUAUACUAGAUUGUUAAGCAUACUUGUAGGACUAGACUAGAAGAGUUUUCAAGGAAUCCUAAUAAAUCACGGUAGUUCAAGCCUGGUGAAUUGCGAAAUUCAAAAUUGGGCAAAUAGGACUCGAAUUCUAAGUUUACACUUUGUCCAAUCAGCAUCUAUACAUACUCCAUUUAGGAUUAAGAAAGCACUAUAUUUUUGUAGCACUCACUUCGGAUUAAGGCCGCACUGCGCUGAAUAGUAAUCAUGCUAGCUUAAGCUCAGAACGAUAGAAUGUAUUUAUUGUGAAUAAUUAAAACAGAACAUUUGGAGCUUCCAUUUCAAAUAAAA